AAAGGUAAAGGACAUGAGAAGCCUCCUGCCAUGGGAAUGAGGGAAUGAAUUCUGGAUGUAGCGUGAACGCAGACACAAAGAAGUGAAAGCUCUGAGAGUGUACAAGGCAGCACGAUGAAGAAAACAGCUGUUGCAACUCUGGAUCGUAAAGCAUCAACUGGGUUGGCCUUUAAACUCUUCUAGACCUCCAAACCAAAGAUCCACUCUGAUCUCCUUAAUCAUUAUGAAUCAUGAUGUCCUCAGCUACUGCCACAGCACCCGCAGCCAUCCCCAAACCCUCAAACGUUUCUCCCCCACGUUCCAGCUGUCCUUCCUCACCACCUCUACUGGUCGACAUUUCGGUAGCCUCAACGUCCCCAAAUCUCCCUAGCUCACCUCCUUAUUCUACUAGAAAAACCCCAAGUUCUCCACCACCACCUUUAAUCUCCAAACCUUCUGUCUCUUCUCUCCAGAGGCCUAUAUCUCCACAUGUACCAAAACCCAUCUGCCCACCUCUCCCGGCACAACAGCCAUCAGCAAUCCCUAAAAUGUCAUCUACAGCCAUGAGCUCUCCCAGAGCCCCUCCGAGACCCUCAUCACCACCUCUUCCCAGACCCCCACCACCACAAAUUGUAAAACCUCCCAUCCUACCGGCCCCAGCUGACCAAACCCAGAAACCUGUCAAUCCUGACAUAAGCAUCUUGGAGAAGUUGAUCAAGACUUGCCCAGUGUGGCUGCAACUGGGAAUCAUGGGAGAAAGAGCCAAGUCGAUACUCAGCAGUGAGUCGCCUGGGAUCUUCUUAGUGAGAAGAGAAAUCGGCCAGAAGUUGAUGGUGAUGUCAGUUCGCCUCCCAGACCAGCAGGGGGAACCACAGGUCCAGGAGUGGCAUGUGAAAGAGGAAGGGUCCUUGCAGUAUCUUGAUGGGUCUGUCCUGGUCUUCGACAACAUCUUCAAACUUGUGGCUUUCUACUGUGUUAGCAGGGACAUCCUGCCCUUUACCCUGAAGCUUCCUCUGUCCAUUGUCAGGACGUCUAAAUAUGAAGACAUGGAGGUGAUCUCCACGCUAGGUUUAGAGUUUUGGAGCUCAACACUGAAUAAUAAUAAUCAAGAUGACGGGGAACAACCUGCAGACCACAGCAGUAACAAGCAUCUCUGGUACAUCAAUCCCACCUUCAUCGAGGAAUACUAUAACAGUCUGCCUACCACCACUUCAACUCCCAUUCUCAGGUCACAGAGCCUAAACGUGCCCGUUCAGGCUCCGCCCAAAUACAAGCGGCCCCCGCCGCUGCCUCCGCGUCCGCAGAUCGUUUCUGAAGACGUGCUGGUGCAAGUUUCUGACAAGGAGGAAAAAGAGGAGCUUACGUCAGACGAGUCUUCACUUCUCUUACUGAGCUUCGCUCCCCCUGUGCCGAAGAAAGAGGAAGGAAGCCGACGUGUUUACGCAGAGAGAGAGACUACACUGGAGGCAGUGACGGUCAAGCCAGAAGUUGUACAUCCGUGUCUAAACAAACCAGCAAAGAAUGCGAGUGGUGGACCUUCACACAGAAUUCCCCCGGUUCCUUUACGUCGCAGGAUAUCAGAUAACCAACCGUCCAGAGGAGAAAUCAAGCUGGAAUCUUCUAAGCAAUUGAUUUGUGUUGAUCCUGUGGAAACUCUCUUUCUUGAUGACACUAGCAUGGCACAGUUGGAGAGACCAGUAAAUCCACAGGAACAUCAGAAGUCACCACCCGAAGAGGGUCUAACAGAUCGGCCUAAGACACCAAACGGGAUACCGAUUGCAAGUACAUCUCCAGCUGGCAUGAAGAAGCCUGGUGUUCCAGUGCCACCCCCUAGGAGGAAACGUUUCACUCAGAAUACCAGCAAAGCCUCUGGAGCUUCCCAAAAACUUGGAUUUACUGUCCAGCAAGUCAAUGCAGACAACCCCAAAGUUUUGGACGUCUCAUUAUUUGCCCCUGAAGGAGGUGUUCCCCAGGUCGACCAUGACUCCUACUCCACAAGUAGCACAGAGGAAGAGGCUGACGCUAUCUCCAAGAGUGCUGCUGUAAAAAGGACAUCCACCAUCAUGCUAGAUCGUGCUAAGCAACGCCUCUCCAUAAUGAACUUCUCCACGGUCUUUACGAACUUCAUGAGCGCUGACUGCAAGCUACAGAGGAAAAUCGUGGAGCUGGCUAGAGACGGGAGCACUUACUUCGGUAACCUGGUGAAGGACUAUCGUGGUUAUACGCUGGAUGCGAUGAAGAGGCACUCCUCCAGUACAGAGAUGCUUCAGGAGAUUAGACAAAUGAUGACACAGCUCAAGAGCUACCUGAUCCAGAGCACAGAGCUACAGAAUCUACAGGAACCUGCCACCUACUCUGAGGAGAAGCUGGAGAUAAUCGUCGAAGCUGCGAUUUGUAAGAGCGUCCUGAAGCCUCUAAGAGAGCCCGUAUACAACGUGCUGAAGGACAUCCACUCCCGGGCAGGCACGAUGAAGAGGCUCAAAGAGAACCAGCAGACAGUGUUGGGCACCACCACGACGGAUUUGGGCGUAACCACCUGUGUCCCUGACUCGCAUGUCAUGGAUAAGAUUCAAGUGAAGUUGGGAAGCCUUCAUCAGGAAUACUCACCUCAGAAGAAGAUCGACCUGCUUCUUAAGACUUGCAAGAUAAUCUAUGAAUCCAUGUCUGUGGGCUGUCCAGGAAAGGCUCAUGGUGCAGACGACUUCCUGCCUGUGUUGAUGUACGUGAUGGCUCGAUGCAACAUGACUGCACUGCUGCUGGACGUCGAGUAUAUGAUGGAACUCAUGGAUCCUGUACUUCAGCUGGGAGAAGGCUCGUAUUAUCUCACCACCACGUACGGAGCUCUGGAGCACAUCAAAAACUACAACAAGCAGGCAGCAACCAAGCAGCUGAGUCUGGAAAUCCAGGAUUCUAUUCAUCGAUGGGAGCGGCGUCGCACUCUCAAUAAGGAAUGCGCCUCCAACUCUUCCGUUCAGGAUUUCAUCAGUGUAUCAUUCCUGGAGGCCUGUUCCAACACCAAGACCUUGGGUGUGCACCCCAACACGACGUCCUGGGAGCUGAGCGUCCAGUGUGCCGAGAAGUUUGAAGUGGCAGACCCUGCUUCCUACUGUCUGAGUGUCCUAGUGGACGGUACCUACCGAGCCCUGACCCCCGAGGAGCUGCCGCUCGUUAUCAAAUCCGAGCUGCACAACGGCGAGCCGCGCAAAGAAUAUUACUUUGUGUACCGCCACGGACUCUGGCCGGAGGAGAAGCCCGGGGAGGGAAUGCAACAAAGCCCUGAAGAUACACCCGCCCUGGAGGACAGUUUAAUUUGAAAGAGCAUCAUACAAAAAGCUGUUGGGACAGAAAACAUUACAUAAUGCUGCACAGUUUUAGGAUCCCUGGGGGUCUGGGUUGGAACUUUGGUCACCGUCUGUAAGGAUGUUGGAAUGUUCUUCUCGUGUCUGCGGCUACAGACCUCCCUGAAAUAUAAAGCUGUACUGGCUACCCAUGUUCCCCCAUGUGUGAGAGUAAAUGGGCAAGUUUGUGGUGCCCUGCAAUGAUUGGAACCCUAUCCAGGAUGUAUUUGAUGUAUUCUAUAUGGCCAUAAGUAUGUGGACACCUUAUCACGAGCCUCAAAGCCAUUGAUGUUAUUAUGGAGUCCACCCCCACUACUAAACAUUAGUGAGGUCAGGUACAGAUGUUGGAUGAAAGCCUGGGUUAAGGUUAGAGCUUUCUGGAACUUCAGGACACUGAAGUUAAUCCACGCCAAACUUGUCACACCAUGUCUCACAUUUGACCACUUUUGUUUUUAUUUAACACCAAUUUAAUGAUGCAUAUUAUAUUUAUAUGUAAAAAAUAACAGAAUGAUAGAGUGCAGUACCGACUGCCUCUUUUCACCUGCACGAGGCGAGUUCAUAUGCGGAUCAGCCUUGUACAUGGAGAGCCACACCCUGAUCAGCAUUAUUCGCCAUCAAUCAGCCAGCAGAGGUCAUAAUUGCACCAGUUAUGAAAAACCCUGGUCUGGCUUGUCCCACCCUGUGAACAACAGCCAAUCGUUGUUCAUGUAGCCGCCCAGCCCAGCCGGAUGGCAGAGCUGAGAUUCGAUACGAUGUAUUCAAAAUCCCAGCUCUGGUACGCUAGCGUAUUUUACCUCUGCGCCACCCGAGUGGCCUGAGGUUACUGUCUUGUUAAAGCAUCCACAUUCAGCUGCUCAUAGCAUGUCUUUCGGGCCACAUGAGAUGAGCUUGAGUCUAGAGGACUCUUAGGCAUGCAGUUUAAGGCUGCAUUUUUGAUGCAGUGGUGGACUGUGAUAA